UUGAAGAAGCCGGACCAUAAUUGACAUUGAUAGGUUUUAAAAACGAAUUUGAUAACCUAACAGUCAUCUUCCUCGCUGACCUUCAAAUUGAUCAUCACUAUUCCACUUCCUUAAUUCCCUUCCCUUUUCCCUCUAUCAAUCGUUGUUUGAUUCAUACAUGGCGGAGCCGGUGGAACUCCCUAGCCGGCUGGCCAUUCUUCCCUUCAGAAACAAGGUUCUAUUGCCCGGCGCAAUCAUACGGAUUCGUUGUACCUCUCAUAACAGUGUGAAGCUCGUGGAACAAGAAUUAUGGCAGAAGGAAGAAAAGGGGAUAAUUGGGAUACUUCCAGUUAGGGAUGCAGCAGAGACAACAUCAGUUGGCCCAAUAUUUUCUUCAGGAGCUGAUUCAGUGGAUGGAAUCUCAAAACCACAAGCUGGUGCAUCAGAUCCUCACAAACUUGAUGGAAAAAAUCAGCAGGAAGUGAUCCAUUGGCAUACAAGGGGAGUUGCGGCUAGAGCAUUGCAUUUGUCUAGAGGAGUGGAAAAACCAAGUGGAAGGGUUACUUACACGGUUGUCCUUGAAGGCUUGUGCAGAUUCUUUGUUCAGGAGCUUAGUAAUCGUCAAUCAUAUUAUACUGCUCGGAUUUCUCCACUUGAAAUGACAAAAACUGAGAUGGAGCAAGUGGAACAAGACUCAGAAUUCAUUUCAUUGUCACGGCAUUUUAAGGCUACUUCAAUGGAGCUAGUUUCACUUCUUGAGCAGAAACAGAAAUCUGGCGGGAGGACAAAGAUUCUUUUGGAGACACUUCCAGUACAUAAGUUGGCUGACAUAUUUGUUGCUAGCUUUGAGAUAAGCUUUGAGGAACAGCUGGCAAUGUUGGACUCGGUAGAUGUUAAAGUGAGGCUUUCAAAAGCUACAGAGUUGGUUGACCGUCAUUUACAAUCAAUUCGCGUGGCUGAAAAGAUAACACAAAAGGUUGAGGGGCAAUUGUCGAAGACACAAAAGGAAUUUUUCCUACGACAACAGAUGAGGGCUAUAAAAGAGGAACUUGGGGACAAUGAUGAUGAUGAGGAUGAUUUAGCUUCCCUGGAAAAGAAGAUGCAAAGUGCAGAUAUGCCUUCAGACACCUGGAAGCAUGCACAAAGGGAAUUAAGGAGGCUUAAAAAGAUGCAGCCUCAGCAGCCUGGAUACAGCAGUUCUCGUGUUUAUUUAGAGCUGUUGGCCGAUCUACCCUGGCAAAAAGCCAGUGAAGAAUGUGAGUUAGACUUGAAAGCUGCAAGAGAGCGCCUUGAUAGUGACCACUAUGGUUUAGUCAAAGUGAAGCAACGGAUAAUUGAAUAUCUAGCAGUUCGCAAGCUCAAACCUGAGGCUAAGGGUCCAGUAUUAUGUUUUGUUGGCCCGCCGGGUGUUGGGAAAACAUCUUUGGCAUCAUCCAUUGCUGCUGCUCUUGGAAGAAAGUUUAUGCGUAUAUCUCUUGGUGGUGUUAAGGAUGAAGCUGAUAUUAGAGGCCAUAGGAGGACCUAUAUUGGAAGCAUGCCUGGGCGUCUUAUUGAUGGACUGAAGAGAGUUGGGGUCUGCAACCCAGUUAUGCUUCUGGAUGAGAUUGAUAAGACAGGCACAGAUGUGCGGGGAGAUCCAGCUUCAGCACUCCUGGAAGUUCUUGAUCCUGAACAAAACAAGACAUUCAAUGAUCACUAUUUGAAUGUGCCUUUUGACCUUUCAAAAGUUGUUUUUGUGGCAACUGCAAACAGGAUGAAACCUAUUCCUCCUCCACUAUUAGAUAGAAUGGAGGUAAUUGAGCUGCCAGGUUAUACACCAGAGGAAAAGUUGAGGAUAGCAAUGCGGCAUCUGAUCCCUCGAGUGCUUGAUCAACAUGGCUUGAGCUCGGAAUUUCUUCAAUUCCCCGAGGAAAUGGUGAAACUGGUAAUUCAGAGAUACACCAGAGAAGCCGGUGUUAGAAACCUUGAAAGAAACUUGUCUUCCUUAGCUCGUGCAACAGCAGUAUUGGUUGCAGAGCAGGAACAUUCUAUGCCAAUCAGCAAAAGUGUCAAUAAUCUUGGUUCUCCGUUAAUGGAGAGCAGAAUUGCUGAUUCAUCUGAUGUGGAAAUGGAGGUUAUUCCUAUGGGUGUCACUGGUAAUGAGUUGUCGAAUACAUAUACUAUUAGCUCCCCUUAUAUUGUCAAUGAGACAAUGCUGGAGAAAGUAUUAGGGCCACCAAAAUUUGAUGAUAAGGAAACUGCUGAACGAGUUGUCACUCCUGGUGUAUCAGUUGGAUUGGUAUGGACAGCUUUUGGUGGCCAGGUUCAGUUUGUUGAGGCUACUGGGAUGGCAGGAAAGGGUGAUCUCCAUCUCACUGGACAACUUGGUGAUGUUAUUAAGGAAUCGGCUCAGAUUGCUUUGACAUGGGUAAGAGCAAGAGCAACAGAACUGAAGUUGGUAACUGCUGAUGAUAUAAAUUUACUAGAUGGACGCGACAUUCAUAUUCAUUUCCCUGCUGGUGCUGUACCAAAAGAUGGACCUUCAGCUGGUGUGACUCUUGUUACAUCACUAGUAUCGUUAUUCAGUCAGAGAUGUGUAAGAUCUGAUACGGCAAUGACUGGAGAAAUGACAUUAAGGGGCCUUGUAUUACCUGUUGGUGGAAUCAAAGAUAAGGUUCUUGCAGCACAUAGACAUGGCAUAAAGAGGAUCAUUCUUCCUCAUAGGAAUGCCAAAGACUUGGCUGAAAUACCUUCACCUGUCCUCUCAAGCAUGGAGAUAUUUCUUGCGAAGAGGAUGGAGGAUGUGCUAGAACAGGCAUUUGAAGGAGGUUGUCCAUGGAGGCAACAUUCAAAGUUAUAGAUUGGGGGAUUAAUACAACUGAACUGGACUAUUAACAGGAUCAGGUGAUGGAAUCAAUUGUUUAUUUACUAACAUAUAUGAGCUUGUUUAUUAUUAUUAAUUAAUGCUCUACCAUAUUGAAUAUUCUUUAUGGAGUAAUUUGUUUUCAUAUUUUUGGCAAACAAUAAUAAGCCAUAUUCUCAU